UUCUCACGCUAUCCUCAGCCUCAUCAUGAUUCCGUAUGUUAAUCGUUGGUGACCUACGCUCACGAACGGGCGUCUUUCCGUUGAUACCUUAUGUCCUCCGAAGAAGAGUCCCGGCGCAUAUUUUUCGCUUAUCGCACUGUUUUUACAGGCAAAAACGCUCGCUUGCGAAAAGCGAAACAUAUCCGUCGAGUAGCUCUUCAGCACUGGCCUAAACGGAAAGCUCUACUCCAGGGUUAUGGAUUUCGCAGGACUGUCCGUGUUCUUAAAACUCUUUUGACUUCUGGGAGGUUUGAAUCUCAAACAGCGACCAAUACAAGGCUCAAUAAUACUACCGUCAAGGAUACUCAAAAAUGCGACAAAAGCAUAAGAUUUACGAAGAGUGCGGUAGUACCUCAUGCCAGGCUGCUCCAACAAGAUAUGGACACAACAGACUACAAGAUUGAAAGCAUCAGUCAGGAAUCCCAAGGGAUUAAGGCCUCAAAAACACCGAUCAAAGGAGAAGACAACAUCUCUUUCUCUGUACAACGAAGCCAGUUCCCAUAUAAGAUUCAACAUGAUAUCCUAUCUGGAAUCCAAAAUAUUCUUGAGGAGUCUUGCUUCGAUUUCGCUAGACAGCGGCUUCCUACGGUACUCAGUGAACAGGGGUGGACAUGUGCAGCAGCGGGAGAACUGACAGCGUGGCUCUUUAUUUUUAAGAGGCAUUCUAAUUCUGAAAACCUCCCUUUCCAUAAUAGCACAUUCGACAGCAUAUCUUCGCACUUAAGGCAUCUACGCAAUACCGCAGUACACCGUACGCCGCUACCUACUGGAGAGCUAAUAAAUCUCCUUCAGUAUGCAGUAAAGCUCACGGACAUGCUACGAGAUCCUGUACGCACUCGAAAAUUACAGGAUCUUCUUACCCAAGUCCAGAGCCACCUCCACGAAAUGGAGCAGAAAAAGAUGCUGCUAGAAUCUGAAAUCAGUUCACAGCUAUUCCGAAUACAGAAGCAGCAGGAAGCGCUUGAUAUUAGAAAAAACUACCUUCUUGCCUAUGGUGCUGAAGAGGAAUCCCGCCUUACAAAUAUCGCGGGAGAACUGCUACAAGGAUUAAUUGAGCGGAUACACACAGUGAACAAUGAUUUUCAAAGCAACGGUGGAUGUCCCAAGGAAACCAAUGUAGACGGAGUUAUUUCUAGUCAUGAUCUCAGUUGGAAGGUGGAAGAAGAAGACAUUGAGAGUGACGAAGAGCGUUUAAUGUUAGAGCUUUAAUCAUGAAUUCUAGUUAAAUUUGGAUGAGUUCCUGGG